AUUGUUCAUGACGCACCCCCGAGGAAGGUUACCCGGUCCUCCAACUUGGACAAGUGGUCCGGCAUUCCAAGGUCAAUAAUAAGUCUUGCAGUUCGCACACUUUUCAUUCCUCUUCCUCUUCCUCUUCCUCUUCCUUCCUUUCAAACUCCGCUCCUCGGUGUCAAAGCAUUGACUUGCUUGAUCAAGCCCUCCUUCCCACCUCCCUUCCGCCAUAUAGACUCCUUAUAUAUACUCUAUACCUUUCGAAUCUGCCAUUGUUUGCCACCCCUCUGAAUUGCCCCCCAAAAAGAACAACGGGGAGAAAGCCCAGCUAGAACGUUCGGGAAAGCAUCCCUGAUCCAACCUACCGACCCUGUUAGAUCUCGACAACACUAAAAUACCAUGGCCGCCCGUCAUUCUCGCAAGAUCCUGCGACCCCUUCUCUACACAUCUGCUGCCGCGGCCGCGGGAGCGGGUGUUUUAUAUGUAUCAUACCGGCCACGUAACAUCCCCGGUUCCGAAGCCCCGGCAGUUCCUCCCCCAGGUUAUCACGAAGGUAAACUUGUACCGCCGAGCUUCCCAACCAUCAAAUCGCGGUUGGAGCAGAUACAAGACCUCAAACGCAGCUCGAGCGGAAACAGCGCCGACGAGUAUGAUUUGCUUGUUAUUGGCGCCGGUGCUACCGGAUCCGGAAUUGCGCUUGAUGCGGCGACGCGUGGGCUGAAGGUGGCCAUCGUGGAGAGAGACGAUUUCAGUGCUGGGACGAGCAGCAAAAGUACGAAAUUGGUGCACGGCGGUGUUCGUUAUUUGGAGAAGGCCGUGUGGGAGCUGGAUUACAACCAGUACAAGCUUGUGAAGGAGGCACUGAGAGAACGAAAGUAUUUCCUGAACACGGCGCCUCAUCUUUCUAGUUGGCUUCCCAUCAUGGUUCCCGUGCAGAAGUGGUGGCAGGCACCCUAUUUUUGGGCAGGUACCAAAUUCUAUGACUUCCUGGCUGGAGCUGAGGGGAUCGAAAGCUCCUAUUUCCUCCCCAAGAGUAAGGCAAUCGACGCUUUCCCCAUGCUGAGGAAGGACAAUCUGGUCGGUGCUAUGGUUUACUACGAUGGUGCCCACAACGACUCUCGGAUGAACGUGUCCCUUGCGAUGACAGCCGCGUUGUACGGUGGGACCGUUGUCAACCACAUGCAAGUCACUGGUUUGACCAAGGAUGCGUCGGGUAAACUGAACGGCGCACAGAUGAAAGACGUCAUUACUGAACGAAACGGACAAGAGCCAGAGCAAAUUACUGUUCGGGCAAAAGGCAUCAUUAACGCGACCGGCCCCUUCACCGAUUCCAUAAGAAAGAUGGACGACCAGGAAGUGAAGGAGAUUGUGGCUCCCAGUGCUGGUGUCCAUGUCAUUCUUCCAGGCUACUACAGUCCUUCCGACAUGGGUCUCAUUGAUCCCUCCACGUCUGACGGGCGUGUCAUCUUCUUCCUUCCGUGGCAGGGCAACACAAUCGCGGGAACUACGGACCAGCCCACCGAGAUUACGCCACAGCCGCAGCCAUCGGAACAUGACAUCAACUGGAUUCUUUCGGAAGUUCGCGGCUACCUCGCUCCCGAUAUCAACGUUGAGCGGAGUGAUGUGCUCGCCGCUUGGUCUGGAAUUCGGCCUCUGGUCCGUGAUCCCAAGGUGAAAAGCUCCCAGGCGCUGGUUCGCAACCAUCUUAUCUCUGUUUCUCCCUCGGGCCUGUUGACGUGCGCUGGUGGCAAAUGGACAACCUACCGCCAAAUGGCCGAGGAGGCAGUGGAUGAAGCUGUUGAUGUCUUCGGUCUCAAGCCUCGGCCGGUGAGCCAGUCUCCGGACAUUAGCGGCGUUGGUGGAAGUGGAUUGGUUGCCGACGGUGCCGUUCUAGAUGGAACCUGCCAGACUCACCAGGUGCGGUUGAUUGGCGCUCAUGGAUUCUCCAAGACCCUAUUCAUCAACCUCAUCCAACACUUCGGGCUGGAGACCGACGUUGCCCAGCAUCUCACGCAGUCCUACGGAGACCGGGCCUGGCAGGUUGCUGCUUUGUCUGCGCCUACAAACGCUCGAUUCCCCGUCCGAGGAAAUAGAAUCUCCACCUUGUACCCUUUCAUUGACGGUGAAAUCCGCUAUGCCAUCCGCCACGAGUAUGCCCAGACGGCAGUUGACGUCAUCGCUCGCCGCACGCGCCUGGCGUUCCUCAAUGCGGAGGCCGCGCUUGAAGCUCUCCCCAACGUCAUCGACCUGAUGGGUGACGAGCUCAAAUGGGACAGCAACCGAAAGGACGUUGAAUGGAAGGACAGCGUCCAGUUUCUCUCGUCGAUGGGUCUUCCCAAGAACUUGCUCGAGCUCUCUCGAGCGGAGGUUGAGUCUGGCCGGGUGAGGGAUGUCGAUAUUGCCGAGCACAAGACGUCGCCACGAACCAGCCCCCCUGCUGAUGUGCUUGAGGGUGACAUUCGCCCGCAAGCUUCCAACAAGCCGAUCGCUCCUGAAUCGGCGGCCAGCAAAUAAGUCGAAAGACUAGAUGUUUUUUUUAUAUAUAGCGUUUUAUGUAUAAGUAAUUCAAGAUUUUGUACAGUUAUGGUGUGAG